AUGGCCACCACAACUGUUGCAAUUACUGAGCAGCCCAGCGCUGCGAUCAAGACUGUUGACGAUAGCAGAAUGAAGAUGGAUGGCCAGGACCCGUCUUACGGCGACUGGCGUGACGAGCUACUCAGAGAUGGAUAUGCCGUUAUCAAGGCCGCCAUCCCCAGGGAGCGUGCUGAUAGCUAUGCGGACAAGAUGUACGGUCUUCUGGAGUCAUUUGGCCUCGGCUAUGAUCGAAAUGAUUCAUCAACCGUCCAUCCAGACAAGCUGCCCAUCAUCAAUGAAAAGGGUAUGCUGAUGGCUUAUGGAGCCUGUCAUGAAGACUUUGUCUGGGACAUCCGCAGCGAGCCUGGAGUUGUCGGUUCCUUUGAAAAGAUCUACGGCACUGAAGAUCUCCUCGUCUCGUUCGACGUCAUCAACUAUGGCUUCGCGAAUCGCGCAAACCUUCCUGAAAAUAAACCAUGGCCCCACCAAGAUCAAGAUCCCGAGAAGCCUGGAUUCCGUUGUCUCCAAGGCCUGGUCAACCUCCACCCUUGCGGCCCCGACGAUGGCGGCCUCAUUGUGUGCAAGGGUUCCCACAACCUGAGUGCGCAGUUCCAUGAAGACCUCAAGGAGGAGCCACGCAUCCCAGCCUGGACCAAGGAGUGGUAUGGCUUCACUGACCGCGGCAUGGGAUGGUUGAAGGAGCAUGGUGGCGAGUGGAUCAAGGUCUGCGCCGACCCUGGAGAUCUUAUCGUCUGGGACUCGCGCACUGCGCACUACAAUGUUCCAGUCAAAGGAAAGAUUGACCGUAUGGCUGUGUAUACUUGCUAUAUGCCUGUCACGGAUGCGACUCAAGAAGAUCUCGUGCGUAAGCAAGCCGCAUAUGAGUCUCGACUAGGCACAACCCACUGGCCCAACGCUCGUCACACGGGGUCUAACACCGCAACCCGGAAUGGAAAGCCGGAUCACAUUGUUAGGGAAAGACCACUGAACGACAAGAAGUUGAGUGAGCGAGCUUUCAAACUUACAGGUAUUCCUUACAUCCGGCUAUGA